UCACGGAACCACGGCGCAAACAACACUCGAUACUGAGGCUCGACUAGCAUGCCGCCUUGCCCCCACGUGAAGCUCAUUGCGCCGUUUGACCGGCCGUCGCAUGACCGCUCGUUGCCUUGACGCAAUCCGCCCCAGAUCUGAUACCCCACAUCACACACUAUCACCAUAUACAUCUGAGACACCAUGAAUACCCGACCAGUGUUGGACUCGGACAAAGGGCCUUUCGCCCUAUCUGCCUCUUUCAACGCAGACAGCUCCUACUUCUCCGUAGCACUAGAGUCUGGUUUUCGCAUAUUUUGGUCCAAGAAGGCCGAGCAGAAAGUCGCGCAUGAAAUCGGCGGGGGCAUCGGCAGCGUGGAAAUGCUCGACAAAACGAGCUACUUCGCCCUCAUCGGCGGCGGCAAACAGCCCAAGUUCCCGCAGAACAAGGUCUGUCUCUCCGCCUCCGCCUCAGACUCGACCAGCUGGGACCUGCUCUCGCAUACUGACAUGGUAUACGAGGUGCAAAUCUGGAACGACGCCACACAACGCAUCAGCACGUCUCUCGAGUUCAGCACGCCCGUGCAGCGCGUGCGGCUGUCCAAAACGCACCUCGUCGUGGUCCUGCUCAACCGCGUAAACAUCUACCACAUGCGCAUCCCGCCCGCGAAAAUCGCAGACUACGAAACCGCCCCCAACCCCCUCGGCCUCGCGGACCUCGCCGCCUCCACCCUCGCUUUCCCCGGCCGAGCCCCCGGCCAGAUCAAACUCCUCGACCUCGCAACCCACCACGUGUCCAUCAUCCCCGCGCACGAAGCGCCCCUGCGCGCCCUGGCCCUAAGUCGCGACUGCCGCACGCUCGCCAGCGCCAGCGAAUCCGGCACAUUGGUGCGCCUGUGGUCGAUCCCGGCAUGCACGAAACUGUUCGAGCUGCGGCGCGGCGUCGACCCAGCGAUCAUCCUGUCUCUGGCCUUCAGCCCCUCUGGCUCCAGCGUCGCCGUCACCAGCGACAAGUCCACGCUGCACAUCUUCGACCUGCCCGCGGCCCCGUCCCCGGAUGCCCCCGACGACCACAAGUGGAAGAUGCUCGCGAAGCUGCCGCUGCUGCCGCGCCAGUUCAGCGACACGUACUCGAACUGCAGCGCCAAGUUCAGCAUGGGCGACGCAACGCGCGCGGGCGCGCAGCAAACGGGGAUCCCGGGGGUGCCGGGCGGGCGGCCGACGAAGGGGCUGCUGGGAUGGCUGGAUGAGAGCACGGUGGUGGUGUUGGGAGCGGGGCAGGAUGCGCGGUGGGAGAAGUUCGUGGUCGGGUUCGAUGAGGCCGGGAAGCGGGCGGUGUGGCGGGAGGCGUGGAAGCGGUAUCUCGACUAGAAGCGGGAUGGGCCGAUUGUCGAGGUUGACUGUGAUGGGUGGGUGCUGUGUUAGACAGGAUAUUCGCAUUUCUCAGGUGUUACGGGUGGUGUUGGGUUAGGGACUCGGAUCUGGCGUUCACUGCAUAGCGGCCCCGGCACAGUCACGAAGAUUACGAACGCAUGCCGUCCGGGGAUGAACGAGGAACAA